GGUCGAGGCGGGGUCAAGGGUCAGAAGGAGGAGGCUCGCCCAAGAUGGCGGCCUCCAUGUGCGACGUGUUCUCUUUCUGCGUGGGCGUGGCAGGGCCGGCUCGGGUCUCCGUGGAAGUCCGUUUCGUGAGCAGUGCCAAGGGAAAGGGGCUGUUUGCCACGCAGCUGAUCCGGAAGGGGGAGACCAUCUUUGUUGAACGGCCCUUGGUGGCUGCACAGUUUCUCUGGAAUGCACUUUAUCGCUACCGAGCCUGUGACCACUGCCUUCGGGCACUGGAGAAGGCCGAAGAGAAUGCGCAGAGGCUGACCGGGAAGCCAGGCCAGGUUCUGCCUCACCCAGAGCUGUGCACUGUGCGCAAGGACCUCCACCAGAACUGCCCCCACUGCCAGGUGAUGUACUGCAGUGCAGAAUGUCGGCUGGCAGCUGCUGAGCAAUACCACCAGGUCCUGUGCCCAGGCCCCUCCCAGGAUGACCCUCUGCAUCCUCUCAAUAAGCUGCAGGAGGCAUGGAGGAGUGUUCACUACCCCCCUGAGACUGCAAGCAUAAUGUUGAUGGCCCGGAUGGUGGCCACAGUGAAGCAGGCUAAGGACAAGGACCGUUGGCUCAGGCUCUUCUCCCAGUUCUGUAACAAGACGGCCAAUGAAGAAGAAGAGAUUGUCCACAAACUCCUGGGGGACAAAUUCAAGGGCCAGCUGGAACUUCUGCGGAGACUCUUCACAGAGGCCCUUUAUGAGGAAGCACUUAGCCAGUGGUUCACUCCAGAUGGAUUCCGGUCUCUCUUUGCUCUGGUUGGGACCAACGGCCAAGGAAUCGGGACCAGCUCCCUGAGCCAGUGGGUCCAUGCCUGUGAUGCCCUGGAGCUGAAGCCUCAGGACCGCGAGCAGCUGGACGCCUUCAUUGAUCAGCUGUACAAGGACAUCGAGGCAGCAACUGGCGAGUUUCUGAACUGCGAAGGAUCCGGCCUUUUUGUUCUUCAGAGCUGCUGCAACCAUAGCUGUGUCCCCAAUGCAGAGACCUCCUUCCCAGAGAACAACUUCCUUUUACAUGUCACCGCCCUGGAGGAUAUUAAGCCAGGAGAGGAAAUCUGUAUCAGCUACUUAGACUGCUGUCAGCGAGAGCGCAGCCGCCACAGCCGCCACAAGAUCCUCAGGGAGAACUAUCUGUUUGUCUGUUCCUGCCCCAAAUGCCUGGCAGAGGCUGAUGAACCCAAUGUAACCUCAGAGGAGGAAGAGGAAGAAGAGGAAGAGGAAGAAGAGGAAGAAGGAGAGCCAGAAGAUGCAGAGCUCGGGGAUGAGAUGACUGAUGUGUGAUGUGGUCCUGUCCAGACCCUGCAAAGAAAGGGGACCCUUUCCUCAGUGGAAGGAACUCCCCGCUCCUGUUGCCUGCUUUCCCCUUCAGCUCUGUCUGCCAGAGGGUAGCACUGAGGCUGGACCCCAGGCCUCCCACCCUCAUCAGAACACACGCCCUGGACACUGCUGCUGAGUUGGCUCAGGCCCUGUGCUGUCACUGAGCCUUUUAGGCCUGCCCCUGGGUUAUUCUACCCUAGGGUGUGGGGCUGGAACUAGGAUCGGGGCCUAACCGUUUCUUCCCUAUGGCCCUUGGCCCACGCUUGCCAUCCACCUGAAGCUGCUCUGCUCUGCUCUCCUCUCUUGCUGUUGAUCGCUUUUGAGGGGCUAACAGUGGCAAAUCUGAGAGAGACUGAUUUCACUGAAGCAGACAGGGGAGGCGGUGAGGUGCCCUUACCUUCUUCCUUACCUCCACUGGCCAUGGCUUUAGCCGAUGAGGCAACUGCCUGACCACUAGCCCAGUGGGGAGAGGCAAGAAGCACUGGGCCUCCAGAGCACCCACCCUUAGGCUCUCUGCUGGGGAAGGUGGACCUGGAGGCUUCCCUCCAUCCUCCCAAUCCCUGGCUCCGUGGACGCGUCAGGAAGCGAUUAACCCCUUCCCUAGACUCCAGGAUCCCUGUACCUCGUGCUUUGCCUUUCAGGCCCUGGCACAAUGGCUGGCGCCAUGGGGUAUGGAGAGGCCUCUGCCUUCUUCAGGAGGGGUGUAUGUGGGAGUGCCAUCCUUUCUUACAUCCCCUUCCCACCAGGGAUUCAAGCAGCACGGCUGAGCCUGGGGGAGUGACAGGCUUGUGCUCCUUUACCUCAGAUCCCUCCUCUCCUAGAGCAGUGAAGGUGGGUCACGGGAGGGUUUGCCUGGCCCAGGUCUCCAUCUUUAGGGCCUCUAUAGAGGAACACUGAAGUCUUCCAGAAACCCAGAGGAGCUGGGCUGGAUCCUUGGUGACUGUCCCCAACUGUGUCCUUCCUUGCCUCACGGGAGCACUCCCCUUGGUUGGCUGCUGUGAAAACUGCAACCCUCACUCCUAAUUCCUUCCUGCCUACCUGCCCAGAGAAGCUUGCCACAUCCCCUUGCUUGAGGGAUCCCAAGGAGGGUAGGUGCCCACCCCACAGGCCGUUCCCUGGGUCAUGGAGCCAAGGGGAGCCUGCCUAGCUGGCACCUUACCUUUCGGGUCCUUAUUCCUUCACAGCAGCCAGCCCCCUCCGCCCCGCCUGCCCACUGUUCUCAAUAAAGUGUGAGUGGUGACAGGCC